AAAGAGCUAUAAAAUCCCAAACACUCAAAACCAACAAUUUGAUAUCUAAGAGAUUAAAGAAGAGGAAACUUCUGAAAAAUGAGCAGACGUUCUACUAAUUUUCCUCCAGGACUAUGGCGGGCUAGAAGGGAAUAUGAUCACCAGAGAUAUAACACAAAUGAUUCAAACCGUAUGAGCUCCACAUCGCCACACCCUCAACCAUUUCAGAAUUCUUCUAGAGAUACAAACCCAAUUCCAUUGCGGCCUACUGGGGGGAUAGAUCCCGUUCCAUCUCGGCCUACUAGGGAGCUAGAUCCAAUUCCAUGGCGGCCUACCGGGGGAGCAAUGAUUGCAAGAUUGUUAGAAAUUGUCGGUCAGCUAGAAGAUCCACCAGCCAUAGUCAGAAUCAUUACCCACUCCAGACCGAGGCAGAUCGAGGCCAGUUCAAGACCGGCAGAAAUGUACAGGCCAACUCCAAGAUCCGAAGGAAACUCCACGCUAACAUCUGAAGAACAAAAUAUGGCGCUGAAUAAGCUCAAGAAAAAAGUCUAUGAUCCUCCAAACAACGCAAGUAGGAGAAUAAGCUUCUAUUACAGAGAGAAUAACAGGAAAAAUUACAAUGAAAGGAGCAACGGUGAAAAUGAUGAAGACGGCAAGAGAUGCGCCGUUUGCCUUGAAGAUUUCCAGCCGAAAGAGGAAGUGAUGACGACGCCCUGCAACCAUAUGUUUCACGAAGAAUGCAUAGUGCCAUGGGUGAAGAGCCAUGGCCAAUGUCCGAAUUGCAGAUUCACCUUGUUCGAACGAACAGUGCGAAGAGAAGCUUCGUCCAACAACACUGCAUCGAUUGCGUCGGGUAGUAACCUAGUCGACGACGAGCUCGUGUACUUAAUACGAGCCAUGGAAGAUUCUCUGAUGCUGCGAAAUCUGACCGGAUUGUGGGGAGAAUGAGGCGCCAUCUCGGAUUUCCUCUGAAAUCAACAUGAUAAAUGCCACAAAAAUUCAAGGAUUGAUGAAAUACAGUAUCCAAAAAUUAUUGUUCCUCUUUGAACAUGAAAUAACUCAACGUGUGAGCUCGAUGUGACCAAGAAUGCUCCUCUCGCCGAUGGCGUUUUCGAUCGAUUAAGCUUCUACUUGAUCUUGGCGGUAUAAUUCUUUGCUAGAAUGUGCUGAUCAUGAAUCAUUAUAUAAUAGAAUAAAAUCCUUGGCGCCAAAUUUCCAAA